AUGGAAUUUAUUAAUACUAAAAUUAAAUUAAGUCUAGAGGAACAAAAGUAUUACUAUUUAUCUAGUUGAAUUUGGGAUAAUAAGGAUUUAGUAGAAAAACUUUUAAAUAAUAUAUUUCAAUUUUCAUUAGGACAAAAAAUAUCAAUUUUUACAAAAGAGGCGGAUUUAUUAGAAAUGGAAACUAUAACAUUAGGAUAUAAAGAAAAAUCAAUUGUUUGAAAACCUACUAACAAGGUUUUAAAGGUAUUACCUAAAAUUGGGUCAGUACUUGUUUUACCAAAAAGAAUUCCUAUGAUAGUAAAGCCUAAACCUUAUACAAAUAGAGUAAAUGGAGGUUAUUUAAUUAAUGAUGUACGUUUUAAUAUGGAUAUUGUAAAACAAAAGUGAAAUGUUCGUGAGAGAAGUUAA